ACAAAGGGCUUAAAUUUACUUAUUCUAUUUUAUUUUCUUCGUUUUUCUUCCUUUUUUUUUUUUAUUCUUAUACGAGUGAUUCUCUUGUAAUUUAUUUGUAUUUUAUCUUUUCAUCUUUUUUCGAUUUGAUGUACAGCAAUUCUCAGUACUUUGUGCAAGGAAUUUCUUCACGUAAACGUCUCGGCGAUUCUUUAUAUGAUGAACAAUGAGCAAUUCGGUCAUAGUACAGCGUCUGCUCAAUAUUUCCUGCAAUUGGCCGGUUACUUGGGUAUUCCAGUUAUAUCAUGGAAUGCGGACAAUUCUGGACUUGAGCGACGUGCCUCCCAAUCGACACUUCAACUUCAGCUAGCUCCAAGCAUAGAACACCAAAGUGCGGCCAUGUUGAGCAUUCUCGAACGUUACAAGUGGCAUCAAUUCUCGGUGGUGACCUCUCAAAUAGCCGGACACGAUGAUUUUGUCCAAGCUGUGCGAGAACGUGUCGCCGAGAUGCAGGAACAUUUCAAAUUCACAAUUCUAAAUUCAAUAGUUGUUACACGCACCAGUGACCUUGUGGAGUUGGUCAAUAGCGAAGCCAGAGUAAUGCUCCUCUAUGCCACUCAAGGUGAAGCCAUCAAUAUCCUUAGACAGGCUGAAGAGUUGAAGUUAACGGGAGAGAAUUACGUAUGGGUGGUGAGUCAGUCUGUAAUUGAAAAGAAGGAUGCACAUCCCCAAUUUCCGGUGGGCAUGUUGGGAGUGCAUUUUGACACAAGCAGUGGAGCCUUGAUGAAUGAGAUUUCUAAUGCGAUUAAGAUCUAUGGCUAUGGAGUGGAAGCGUACUUGACAGAUCCGGCAAACGCUGGAAGAAAGUUGACAACACAAUCACUUUCAUGUGACGAUGAGGGUCGUGGACGUUGGGACAAUGGAGAGAUAUUUUUUAGGUAUCUACGAAACGUAUCGAUUGAGGGUGACCUAAAUAAGCCAAACGUUGAGUUCACUGCCGAUGGUGAUCUGAAAUCUGCCGAAUUGAAAAUUAUGAACCUCCGUCCAAGUGCGAAUAAUAAGAAUUUAGUUUGGGAAGAGAUUGGAGUAUGGAAAUCGUGGGAAACACAAAAGCUAGAUAUCCGGGAUAUAGCUUGGCCUGGCAACUCACAUGCCCCACCACAGGGCGUGCCAGAAAAAUUUCAUCUGAAGAUAACAUUUCUAGAAGAAGCGCCUUAUAUAAAUCUCUCGCCAGCCGACCCGGUGAGUGGUAAAUGCCUAAUGGACAGAGGUGUGCUAUGUCGUGUUGCAGCUGAUCACGAAAUGGCUGCAGAUGUCGACAUCGGUCAAGCGCAUCGCAAUGAGUCCUUCUUCCAAUGUUGCAGUGGUUUUUGUAUUGAUUUGCUGGAGAAAUUUGCCGAAGAAUUAGGUUUCACAUAUGAAUUAGUACGCGUAGAAGAUGGCAAAUGGGGGACUUUGGAGAAUGGCAAAUGGAAUGGACUAAUUGCAGAGCUUGUUAAUCGAAAAACAGACAUGGUUCUAACCUCACUAAUGAUAAACACAGAACGAGAAGCUGUCGUGGAUUUCAGUGAACCUUUCAUGGAAACUGGUAUAGCAAUUGUGGUGGCAAAGAGAACAGGAAUUAUAUCACCGACAGCAUUUUUAGAACCUUUCGAUACUGCUUCAUGGAUGUUGGUUGGAAUAGUUGCUAUACAUGCAGCAACUUUUAUGAUAUUUCUAUUCGAAUGGUUAUCACCAAGUGGAUUCGAUAUGAAAUUGUCCUUACAAACGGGCUCAGUAAUUCCCUAUAGAUUUUCCCUUUUUCGAACUUAUUGGCUGGUUUGGGCCGUUUUGUUUCAAGCUGCUGUGCACGUGGAUUCCCCAAGAGGCUUUACCUCUCGAUUCAUGACCAAUGUUUGGGCCUUAUUUGCUGUGGUCUUUUUGGCUAUCUAUACUGCCAACUUGGCUGCUUUCAUGAUAACCAGAGAGGAAUUUCAUGAAUUUAGUGGAUUGAAUGACACAAGAUUGACCCAUCCAUUUUCGCAUAAGCCUUCCUUUAAAUUUGGUACUAUUCCUUACAGUCAUACCGACUCAACCAUCCAUAAAUACUUUAAGGAAAUGCAUCAUUACUUAAAAGAUUUCAACAAGACUAGUGUGGCUGAAGGGGUUGCGUCAGUUUUGAAUGGAGGCUUGGACUGUUUUGUUUAUGAUGGAACUGUUCUGGACUACUUGGUGGCUCAAGACGAAGAUUGUAGAUUAUUGACAGUCGGCAGUUGGUAUGCUAUGACAGGUUACGGUCUUGCCUUCAGCCGCAAUUCAAAAUACGUUCAAAUGUUUAAUAAACGACUUUUGGAAUUUCGUGCGAAUGGUGAUUUAGAACGUUUGCGACGUUAUUGGAUGACCGGAAGUUGUAGGCCGGGCAAACAAGAGCACAAAUCAUCAGAUCCAUUGGCUCUGGAGCAGUUCUUAUCAGCUUUUCUACUUCUAAUGGCUGGUAUUCUACUGGCCGCCUUACUAUUACUUUUAGAGCAUAUGUACUUUAAAUAUUUCCGUAAACGUUUAGCGAAGUCUGAUAGGGGAGGUUGUUGUGCUUUAAUAUCAUUGUCAAUGGGUAAAUCAUUGACAUUCCGUGGGGCAGUUUAUGAAGCAACGGAAAUAAUCAAAAAACAUCGCUGUAACGAUCCGAUUUGUGAUACACAUUUAUGGAAAGUUAAACACGAAUUAGAUAUGGCCCGAUUAAGAAUUCGGCAAUUGGAGAAGGCCAUGGAUAAACAUGGCAUUAAACCACCACAAUUAAAACUGGCGUCUUCGUCAGAUUUACUUAAUCAUCAUCAUAUGAAAGAACGUCCGCCACUGUUGGGAAAUUUAAGCUUAGGAGGCAGUGCACAAGAUUUAUACAGGUGGUCUUAUAAAACGGAAAUUGCUGAAAUGGAAACAGUCCUUUAAAAUAUUAGCAUCCGGAUCCUAGUUCAAUUUUCAAAAUGAAAACAUUUGUUAACAUGUAAGUAACACAAAAACAAAAAAGAAGAAGAGAAACAUAUAUAUACAUAAUAUAUUUAAAUAGCAAUAAGUUAACAAAAGAAAAAAAAGAAAGCAACAUUUAUAUUACAAAAACAACAAAAAAGAAAACUAAAUAUAAACAAGAAAAUGUAAAGCAUUAUAAAUGAUAAAAAAAAACGAAAUCAAAAUAUUUUGAAAGCAAAAUUAAAACUAAAGAAAAACAAAAAAAAAAGUUGCGAAACAUAGAGACACAAACGGAAUUUAUUUUUAAUAGUUUUCAAAAAACAAAAAUAUAAUAAAAACAACAAGUGUAUAAAAAACCAUACAUAGAGCAAAACUAAAUUAAAACACUAACUUCACAAAAAAACCAAAACGAACACAAAAAAUGUUUUAUUUAUACGUAAACAAAGAAAGCAUUGUUUUCACUUCAAUAUUCUAAAAUAAAAAAUAUUUACAUAAAUAUAUAUAUAAAUAAAACACAAAACAACUCCAAAUAAUUAAAUAAAAUAAAAUUUAAGAAAACUUUAAAAAAAAUUCCUGAUACAACAUUUUAUCAAAUACAAAACAUAAACAGAAAUAGUACUUACCUACUACUUAUACAAACAUUUAAAUAAAUCAAACAAAAUUAAAAUAAUAAUAAACAAAACAAAAUUCUUUAAAACAACAAUGCAAACUAUAUAUUGUUAGGAAAAUUGUAAAAUUUUUAUAAAACAGAAAUCGAAACUAACUAAAAAAACAAAAACAAAAAGAAUUGAAUUUAAUACCACCAAUAAUUUCCCACAAGUCUCUAAAGGAACAAGUAAUUAUACCAACUUAAAAAUUAUUUAUAUUCAUGUAUUAUGUAGAUUUUAUUUAAGGGUUUGAUGGUCUCAAUGAAAAGUUAUCUAUCUACAAAGAUUACU